GAGCCUGGAGCGAGCCUAGCUUGUUUCUCGUUGCUCAACACAAAAAGUUCAGCUCGGAUGUACCCCUGUUUCCCAGGGGUUGACCACAUCCCCGGCCAACCCAUUGGGACUUUACAAGUGCUGAACCCCUCGCCCCCGUCGGGGCCCCCACUGGAGGUCCCUGGGGGAGCCCCUCGUUUCAUCCCGGCUCCGGCCUUUUGAGAAGGGAGAGUAGCGCCAUCUUGUUGUACGGAAGCUGCUGAACCCAGCUGAACGGAGUCGCGCACCGAAAUCAAAAUCCACUUCCUGCUUCCGGAGAAGUGUCAAGUCUGCUUUUGUGGGGAAAGGGCACUGCGAAAGAGCUGGGACCCGGACGAUUUAAAGAGCCUGGCCGGUUGUUUUUCUUAUUGCCAUGUCCAAGCCCUCCCUCAUCACCUUCACCCCGGCCUCUGAUACCAGCGACCUCUGGAAAGAUGGAAAACAGCAGCCACAGCCUAAAAAGCUGGAGCCGACUCUGGAUGGCUCUGCAAUCCGCGCUUUCUAUGAAGCCUUGAUAGCGGGUGAAAGCAACUCCUCUGAGUCCCAGACAUCUCAACGUGAGCCUGCCAGGGAGAGAAAGAGGAAGAAAAGAAGAACGAGGGAGGCUACAACAGAAACAGCAGCAGUGGCAGCAUCAGGAGGACAUGAACAAUGGAGGUCCCUUGAGGCUGAAGAAAAAAUGACCCAAUGCAUACUGAGGGCAGCCCAGGAGGGAAACUUGGCAGAACUUAAAAGGCUGUUGGAGCCCCGCGAAGCCGGGGGAGCUGGGGGGAAUAUCAACACUCGGGAUGCCUUCUGGUGGACCCCUCUGAUGUGUGCUGCCCGAGCAGGCCAAGGGGCAGCCGUGCGCUAUCUCCUGGGCCGUGGGGCUGCCUGGGUGGGGGUCUGUGAACUGGGAGGCAGAGAUGCUGCUCAGCUAGCUGAAGAAGCAGGCUUCCCGGAGGUGGCCCGCAUGGUCAGAGAGAGCCAAGGAGAGACGAGGAGCCCAGAGAACCGGUUGCCCACCCCCGCCGCCCAGUACUGUGAGACCUGUGAUGCCCACUUCCAAGACUCCAACCAUCGUACAUCCACCGCUCACCUGCUGUCGCUAUCCCGGGGUUUCCAGCCUCCAAAUCUGCCCUUGGGAGUGCCCACGUCCAGCCCGGGCUUCAGGCUGCUACUGCAGGGGGGGUGGGAGCCUGGAAUGGGGCUGGGACCCCGGGGUGAUGGCCGUGCCAACCCCAUCCCCACUGUCCUCAAGAGGGACCAGGAAGGAUUAGGCUACAGAUCAGCUCUCCAACCUAGAGUCACACACUUCCCAGCUUGGGAUACCCGUGCCGUGGCUGGGAGGGAGAGAGCCCCUCGGGUGGCCACACUGAGUCGCAGGGAGGAGAGGAGGAAGGAGGAGAAGGGUAGAGCCUGGGAGCGGAAUUUAAGGACAUACAUGAACCUCGAGUUUUGACUUCAGCAGUAUCUGAUACUGAUCUGCUGAAAUCUGAACUUGGACCUCUGACAUUGGCACUUUGAUUUCUGCUUCCUGAAGUCGUCCUAGUUCCCAAACCCUCAGGUUUUGGUGAGUGGACUCAAGGAAGAGGAGCUGAGAGUUGAGAAAUAAAAUCAACUUUUUCUCAUG